AUGGAUAUUACCACAGAAGUAGUUACUCCUGAAAUACCAGUAUCACCUUCUCCAACAACAAAUGUAUCAACAACAAUAGGAACAACAACACAGGUAACUAUAUAUUAUAACAUAGGAACAACAACACAGGUACCAAGUGGUUCCCUUCCAACUGAUUCUGAGUGUGGAGCUACGAAAGGAUGUUUUAUAGAUUGUACUGGUAGUCGUGUAUCCAUACAUACUGAGAACCCAGUUGUUACGCCUGGAAAGGUGGAUUUUCAGUCAUUUGCCGUUAUAGGCGACACUGCUAAACACCCAUUAGUUAAAGUUCACGCAUGUCUGAUGAUCAUUGCUUGGAUAUUUUGUACUGGAGUUGCCAUUAUAGCCGCGAGGUAUUACAAACCUGUAUGGCCUAAAUCGUCAUUGUUUAACCAGAAAAUAUGGUUUCAGAUUCAUAGGACAUUAAUGGUUACAGCUAUGACACUGACGGUUAUAGCCUUUAUAACUAUUUUUGUUGCAGUUGACGGUUACAGUGAGGUGUAUGCAAGACCAGGAAAAGAAUAUCUCCCAGCACAUCCAGUAUUAGGAAUUAUAGUUACCAUAUUGUGCAUUUUGAAUCCAAUUAUGUCAUUGUUUCGUCCAGGUCCAACAGAUAAAAAUCGCCCAAUAUUCAACUGGGCUCAUUGGGGAGUCGGAAUGGUUGCCCAGAUUCUAGCAAUUAUAACAAUAAUUUUUGGAGUAGACUUACAAAAGUCUACAGCACCAAAGUAUACAGUAUGGGUAGUUGUUGGCUUUGUUAUCUACUAUGUCAUUAUGGAGGUUACUCAGAAAAUCGUGGACAGACUAUUUAACAGUAAAGUAGAUAAAGGUACAGUCAUUCAAUCUUCAUAG